AUGUCUAAAUUGUCAUGGAUGUCAAAGGACUACCCAAUCGAUCAUUAUGAUGGGCCACCACGUAACAUCGAAUACAUUGAUCAGCUUGAUUUUGAUCCCAAUCUCCAGCCCGUCAAUUAUGAGAUUGCCGGAACAAGUGCGUCGUCGAAAAUUCUCAUCCUAGAUGUUGAGAUCCUGGAAGCUACCGGCAGGGAGCCUUACAGAGGAGAUGUCCUCAUCGUAGGCGAGAGAUUUGCUCAUGUGGGUGAGGUUCCCAACAAAGAGACCCUCCUCGCAGAUUCAAGUGUCCGUGUUUUCGUCGGAAAGGGGCGCACGUUGAUGCCAGGAUUAGGGGAUUCCCAUGCCCACUUCACCUGGAAUGGAGGCGACCUGGAUCGUCUAGGAGACCUCGGUGUUGAGGAGCACACACUUCUCACCGCCAGGAGCGCCGAAUGCUUCUUGGAUUCUGGAUAUACCAUGUGCUUCGGAGCUGCAUCUGCUAAGAAACGCCUGGAUAUUGUGAUUCGCGAUGCAAUUAACGCCGGGGAUAUUCCCGGCCCCCGAUUCUUGGCCAAUGGUCAAGAAAUGGCACGAAGAGGGGGCGAGCUAGUUGGAGGAAUCACUGCGUAUGCUGAUGGCCCAGAGGAGAUGAGAGAAGUUAUUCGUGAGCAUAUAGAGCUCGGGGUGGACCAAGUGAAGCUGUCAAUGUCUGGAGAAUCGAUCACAGAGACCCGAGAUGCAGAGGAGUGCUACUUCACUCCAGAAGAGACAGCAGCAUGUGUUGAUGAGGCCCACAAGAUGGGUAAGCGAGUCUGUUCACACGCACGAGCCCGAGACUCUGUUCAGCAAUCCAUUGAUUUCGGAGUGGACGUCAUCUACCAUGCAUCUUUCAUCGACGAGAAAGGCAUGGAUUCACUGGAGAAGAACAGAUCUAAGCACAUUGUGGCACCCGCCAUCAACUGGCUGAUUGCCACGCUCCACGAUGCUGUCAUGUUCGGCUACUCCACAGAGAAGGCUGAACAGGUAGGUUACCAGAAGGAGCUUGAUCUCGCUGAUCGUGCCAUGCGAGAGAUGCAUCGGAGGGGGAUUGUGGUCCUUCCGGGAGGUGACUAUGGAUUUGCCUGGACGCCACAUGGCACUUAUGCGCGUGACCUCGCACACUUUGUGGAGCGUUUUGGCUUCACACCACAUGAGUCUAUCAUUGCAGCGACAUAUGGUAUGGCUAAGCUGUUCAUGCGCUCCCACGAAAUGGGCCAGAUCAAAGUUGGUAACUAUGCAGACUGCCUGGUGGUAGAUGGAGAUCCACUGAAGGAGAUCAACCUACUGCAGGAUCAUGAUAGGUUAAACAUUGUUAUUAUUAAUGGGAGGGUUCACAAGGCGGGGGUCAAGGAGUAUGCCGUUCCUACGCAAGACGCCACUGGUAUUCAUUCUAUGACGAACGAAAUGGUUCAUCUUGGAGUAGAACCCCCUCUUCUUUCUUAA